AUGAUACCACUCAAUCAGACUGUUGCAUUUGGCAGUGAAUCUGAGAUGAUCAAAGCAUAUAUGGACAACAAACAAACAUAUUGGGGCGGUAUAAUAUUCUCAUCAAUCGACCCAGCCAACAACACAAUCAACUACACCAUUCGUCUCAACAAUACCUACAACUACGAUAUCCAAGACUCACCAUAUCCAUUCCUCCAACAAAGUAUACUCUCUGCAUUUGCAUCAAUCAAACUUAAUAUACCAUUGAAUAUAUCACUCAACUCUACUCAAUAUUCUAUACCAGCUAAUAAGUUCACACCUACAACGUUCAAUUAUCUAUUCCCUAUAUACUUCCCUCUAUUAUUUAUGUAUUCAUUACAAGUGUUGAUUAUAUUAUUGGUCACAGAGAAGAAGGAUGGUAUUAAGGAAGCACUCAAAGUGAUGGGAAUGCGUGAGUCUGCCUACUGGUUAUCAAACAUCAUAAUGCAGACCAUUAUGAAUGUCAUCCUAAUCAUAUUCAUCCUAAUACUUUGUUAUGCUACCAAAGUAUUCACAUCAACUAAUCCUGUUAUGAUGUUCUUGAUAUUCUUUUGUUUCUCAAUGACAUUGAUCGCCAUUGCAUUCAUUGUGUCGGCAUAUAUGACUCAGCCAAAGAUUGGAAGUAUGAUCUCUGGACUUGUCCUGCUUGUUGGUGUUGGUCUAUCUGUCGUCCUACAAUUCGUUGUCAAGAAGAAGAAUGCCGGCAUCCGUUUCCUCUUCUUCCUCAUCUCCCCAUGUGCAUUUGGCGAGUACCUCGUAGCACUAUCAUUUGCCGAAGGUCAGAAAGAAGCUGUACCAUGGGAUGAUCCAGCAUUCACUGAGGCAAUUGGAUUCUUGAUCUUGGACUUUGUGCUGUAUUCAUUGAUUGCUUGGUGCUCGAUCGAGGUACAUGAGGGUGGCAACAACUUUAGGAUAUUCUUUAAGAGGAGCUAUUGGCAACCAAACCGUGGUCAGACCAAGGGCAAGUCAUCAAAGGAUGGUCAUGCAAUGCAACAAUCCAAUGGCAUUGAGAUCGUGGACUUGGAGAAGGUCUACGUAUCAAAGACCACCAAGGACAAGCAAGUACGUGCGAUCAAUGGACUCAACCUAACUGUUCCCGCUGGUACAAUCUUUGCAUUGCUCGGUCAUAAUGGUGCUGGAAAGUCGAGCACAAUGAACAUACUCACUGGCAUGAUACAACCAUCUGGUGGCGAUGCCUUCAUCAAUGGACUAAGCGUCAAGACUGACAUGGAUCAGAUCCGCCAUCACAUUGGAUUCUGUCCCCAACAGAACAUCGUCUAUGCUCAACUCACAUGUGCACAACAUCUCCGUCUGUUUGCAAAGCUCAAGGGUGUACCGGCCAAAGAGAUCGAGGAGUCCAUCGCCACUUCGCUUGAGGAGGUUGGACUCACGGACAAGACGGACGUGCCAAGUUCAGAUCUGAGUGGUGGUAUGAAGCGACGUCUGAGUCUGGCAAUGGCAUUCAUUGGCGACCCAUCAAUCGUCUUCCUUGACGAAUGCACCACUGGCCUCGACCCAUUUGCUCGUCAUCAGGUGUGGGCACUGUUGCAGAAGAAGAAGCAUGGCAAGACCAUUAUAAUGACCACUCACUUCAUGGAGGAGGCCGAGUUGAUUGGAGAGUCAAUCGGUAUCAUGUCCAAUGGCAAGCUACGUUGCUGUGGCACAUCACUCCAACUCAAGUCCGAGUUUGGUCUCGGCUACAUCCUAUCAUUCACAUUGAAUGGUGGUCAAGACAGCACCAUCACAUCAUCAUUCAAAGACUAUGUCAUGUCAGUGUUCCCCGAUGCAGUUCAAAAUGAUACACAUGUCCUGUCUCCACCAUCCUCCAAGACCAAGACAUUGAAGGACCACGAUCAUCAACAUCUAAGUGAGCCUGACAUACCAAUGGACAUGGUACCAUUGAGUGGUGCUGGUGGCAGUGGUGCAAGCUCCCCCAUCAACAACUCUAACAAUACUCCUAUAUAUGGUCACAAAGACAUUGAGAUGACAUUCUCAUUAUCACAUCAAAAGUCCACAGAGAGACUAUCAACAUUCUUUGAAGAGUUGGAACAAUCAAUCCAACAACGCUAUGGCAUCAAGUCAAUGGGUAUCAGCAUGACCACACUCGAAGAAGUAUUCCUUCGUAUCCAAACAGAAGACCCUACUACUACAGCCAAAUAA